AUGAUGCCAGCGUCCUGUUUGGGAACCUCUGCUGGAUCACCUCCCAUGGCUUGUUCUGGAGAAGCUCGUUGUCCGCCUCAGACCACCGGGCCCGGUUUGUUCCUUGAUCGCUCAUCCUCUCCUCGGAGUCCGCGCCAACAUGUGGUGGUCCAGACCCUCCUCCAGACCUUCCAGGGCCGGCAGUGGGCGUCGAAAAUAGCCCUCUCUCGCUCCAUCAGUGACUCUGGUCUUUCGCUUACCCUUCGUUCUCGGCUAACAGGGCCUCCUAUGGUAAACGGGGCUGCAAAUGCUCCAAACGUUCCUCCACAACUGGCACCUCAUCGACCUCCUCACCCACCUCAACCGUACGGCGACCCGUCUGUCCCCACCGCCUCCUCCGCUGUUGACGACGUUGUGGAUGCGACUCUCGAGGAGCUACAGGGACAGCCCUAG